AUGGUGAGGAUAAUGCUACACCUGUGGGACAUGUCGCAAAGGGAGCGCCGUUUGCGCAUCUACUGGUUGAUUUUGGUGAUGUUGAGGACGUGGAAGCUUUAUACAAUUCAGGAUGCAGAGAUGUCGUUGCACUGGAAGCAGCAGCAGCAGCAGCAGCAGCAAGAAUACGGAGACUUGCUGCCAUACACCCCUAAUAGCCCUGAGGCAGUACCCGAUCCUGCUGCUCCUGUACUGCCGCUGCAUGCAGCCCCAUGUGUGGUGAUGCUGCGGUCGCUGUCGCUGCGGCUGCUGCAAAGAGCGCCACCACCCACCCCGGCAGCAACAACAGCAGCAGCAGGGGAGUGGAAGGAGACGGUGCAGCAACUAGAGCAGCUAGAGAUGUCCGAUGCAGCAAUCUGCUGCUUAACUGCAGCAGAGAGGGAGGCCAUUUGGCCUUGGGCCUCUGAAGAAGCAGCAGCUCAUAGAUACAUGCUGCUGCUGCAGUCGCUGCCGCUGCCGAUGCUGCCACAGCAGCAGCAGCAGCAACAGCAGGCUGUCCCCUCAAGCAGGUUAAUAGGGUACUUAGCAUACAAACAACACAAUGAAAACUCCUCUAUAAAAAUAACUCGCCUCUUUGUUGACCCAAAAGAAAGAAGGAAAGGAGUUGCAGAGGCCUUCUUCAGUGCAUGCAUGCUCACUAUGCACAACCAGCAGAAGCAGCAGCAACAGCAACAGGUGACAUGCGUCGUGCCCCUCCUUGCAUGCAAAUUCCUUGAAAGUCUUGGCUUUAAACAGAUUCAAACAGAAAGGGGCCCCCAUCUGUCUAACGGGUCCCAUGCGACCCCCUACAAGGGGUCCCUCAGGGUCCCCACUGUUGCUCUCUCGUUAGACCUUGCGGCGUUUGCACAGCGGCUGCUGCGACCCUAA